CCACUCGAGAUAACAAGGAUCGUAGAACUGAACUGCUGUUACUUCGCAGUCACUGCCAUGUCCAGCAUAAGUCGACUCCUGCUCUCACUUUUCACACUCCUGAUCUUCCUCUCCCUUUUCCCGCCAACAAUUACAUCUCAAAGCCAACCAGAGCAAGAAGACACACCCAUCACCCGCUUCCAGCGCUACCUCCGAAUCAAAACCGCUCAUCCAAACCCAGACUACGCCUCCGCCGUCUCCUUCUUCACCUCAGAAGUCCAUUCCAUCGGUCUCAAAACCCUAACCCUAGAAUUCUCCCCCGGGAAGCCCCUCCUCCUCGUAACCUGGCCGGGUUCUGACCCUUCUCUCCCUUCAAUCCUCCUCAACUCUCACCUCGACAGCGUCCCCGCCGAGCCAUCCAAAUGGCUCCACCCGCCCUUCUCCGCCACCCGAACUUCCGACGGAAAAAUCUACGCCAGGGGUUCUCAGGACGACAAGUGCAUCGCAAUUCAGUACCUCGAAGCAAUCCGAAACCUCCGAAUGAAGCGUAAGUUCCAGCCACUUCGCACAGUUCACAUAUCCUAUGUCCCUGAUGAGGAGAUUGGUGGGUUUGAUGGAGCUGCCAAGUUUGCGGCGUCCAAGGAGUUUCAGGAUUUGAAUAUUGGGUUCAUGUUGGAUGAAGGUCAGGCGUCAACCACCGAUGAAUUUAGGGUUUUUUAUGCUGACCGGUCGCCUUGGCACUUGAUCAUCAAGGCUGUUGGAAUGCCCGGGCAUGGGUCGAGGAUGUAUGACAAUAGUGCGAUGGAGAAUUUGAUGAAGAGUAUGGAGACUAUUUCUCGGUUUAGGGAGAAUCAAUUUGAUUUGGUUAAGGCUAAAGUGGCUGCAAACUCGGAAGUUAUCUCAGUGAAUCCAGUGUAUCUGAAAGCUGGAACUCCUUCUCCUACGGGUUUUGUAAUGAAUAUGCAACCUUCGGAAGCAGAAGCGGGUCUCGAUGUUCGUCUUCCACCUACUGCUGAUCCAGAUCUCUUAAGGAAGAGAAUUGCUGAUGAAUGGGCACCAGCUACCAGGAACAUGACAUACCAGAUUAGUGAGAAAGGACCCAUAAGAGACUACAUGGGCCGCCCUCUAAUGACAUUAACUAAUGAAUCCAACCCAUGGUGGUCUGUUUUUAAGCAAGCUAUAAUUGCAGCUGGAGGAAAACUUUCUAGACCAGAAAUUUUGGCUUCGACAACUGAUGCAAGAUACAUGAGACAGAUGGGAAUACCUACUCUCGGGUUCUCCCCAAUGAUAAAUACUCCGAUCUUACUUCAUGAGCACAAUGAGUACCUGAAAGAUUCUGUAUUUCUGAAAGGAAUUGAGGUAUAUGAAUCCAUAAUCAGUUCUUUAAGUUCUUUUAAAGGAGGUUCAGUUGAGGCCUCAACUCAGGUUCAGUGAUUGGUAUGUAAACUGAAAUCCUUGUUGUGGUGAGUGUAACUGUACUGCACCUUAAACCAUCUGUAAUUUGCCUGUGCCUCUAUUGCUAAUAUGGAUGAAUUACCUAUCAAUUAGUGAAUAAUAAAAUUAGCAGCAUAUAGUUCUUCAGGCAUGCUUAAAA